UAGGUUUGGGAGAAUCAACCAACUAGUAGUUGCAUCCUCUAUUGACUAAAUAUUUUUCACAAAUUUACACUCAAAAGGCAUCCAUUCUUUUCACUUAUAUAAUCUACUCGUAAACUUGUCGAAGAACAUCAAGAAAAUGGCAUCAUCUUCGUCUCUUUACUCGAAAGGGCUAAUUCUGCAUGGCUUAAUACUAGCAAUCUGCACAUCCCUUUCCAUCUUGCAUGCAAGUGAGGGCCCCACUUUAACCCUAGACUACUACAAAUCCACAUGCCCAACAAUUCUCGAAAUCGUUCGGAAAGAAAUGGAAUGUGCAGUGCUGUCUGAUCCACGCAAUGCAGCCUUAAUCCUCCGGUUACAUUUCCACGAUUGCUUUGUCCAGGGGUGUGAUGGGUCGGUUUUGCUAGACGAUACGAUCACACUUCGAGGAGAGAAAAAGGCGCCUAAUAACAGAAAUGCCCUUAAAGGAUUUAGAAUAGUCGACAGGAUCAAGAACAGGCUCGAAUCCGAGUGCCCUGGAAUAGUUUCUUGUGCCGAUAUUCUCACCGUUGCUGCUAGAGAUGCUGUUCUUCUCGUUGGUGGACCUUAUUGGGAUGUUCCUCUGGGAAGGAAAGACUCGAAGACAGCUGGCUAUGCCCUCACCGAAACGAACCUUCCGAAAGCUGACGACGGGCUUAUUUUCAUUAUUUCCAAGUUUUUUUAUCAGGGCCUUUCGGUUACUGACAUGGUGGCACUUUCUGGGGCACAUACAAUCGGCAUGGCAAGAUGCGUAAAUUUCAGGAACAGAAUAUACGGAGAUUUUACGUCAACUUCAAGUGUAAAUCCACUUUCACAGCAGUACCUCAACAAAUUGAAAUCUAUUUGUCCGCCUAUUAAAGGAUCAGACAACAACGAAUCAGCAAUGGAUUACGUCUCUCCGAAUUUAUUCGACAACUCUUAUUACCAAAUACUUUUACGAGGAGAUGGAUUGAUCAAUUCGGAUCAAGAAUUAUAUUCCAGUUUUCUAGCAAUGGAAACGAAGAAGCUCGUUUCAAAAUAUGCAGAGAAUCCGAUCGCUUUUUUCGAGCAGUUCUCCGAAUCCAUGGUGAAAAUGGGGAAUAUUACUAAUCCUGAUACUUACGCUAACGGAGAAGUUCGGAAAAUCUGCAGGUUUGUGAAUACAUGAAGAGACACAAAGCUGGAAUUUUUUUUAUUUUUUUAUUUUAAUUAAAUAUUCUUGUGCAAGAGUUUG